UGACUGCAGCUGUCAUCUAGACUGUCGUUCAGUUGCCGAUGUCAGAGUUUUCUUCCGUUUAGUCAAGUGACGCCAUUGUGAGCCGUAACGACUUUUAAGACCACGGAGUUUAAUCUCGAAUUUCUUAGUUAAUCUUGGAGAGUACCAAGUAAAUAUUUAAAAAUGACGGAUGAUAUGCCCACUUUUAAAUGUGUAUUGGUCGGAGAUGGAGGUACUGGAAAAACUACCUUUGUGAAACGCCACUUGACUGGAGAGUUCGAGAAACGAUAUGUCGCCACACUCGGUGUUGAAGUUCAUCCCCUUGUUUUUCACACCAACCGAGGCCCUAUCAGAUUUAACGUGUGGGAUACAGCUGGACAAGAGAAAUUUGGUGGACUCAGAGAUGGCUAUUACAUACAGGGUCAAUGUGCUAUCAUUAUGUUUGAUGUAACCUCCCGUGUCACAUAUAAAAAUGUACCGAAUUGGCAUAGAGAUUUAGUCAGAGUGUGUGAAGGUAUCCCCAUUGUACUUUGUGGUAACAAAGUGGACAUAAAGGACAGGAAAGUUAAAGCUAAGACUAUUGUAUUCCACAGGAAAAAGAACUUACAGUACUAUGACAUCUCUGCUAAAUCAAAUUACAACUUUGAAAAGCCCUUCUUAUGGCUAGCAAGAAAGUUGAUUGGUGAUGGAAACCUUGAAUUUGUGGCUAUGCCUGCCCUUGUUCCACCGGAAGUUACUAUGGACCCACAAUGGCAAAACCAAAUUGAAAAAGAUCUUAAAGAAGCUCAAGAUACUGCUCUCCCAGAGGAAGAUGAAGACUUGUAAAUAAAAACUUAGUUCAAAUCCAGUGAAGCUAAAAAAAACAACAGUUUUUUCAUCAUAACUUUGAAAUUGGCUCAUGCGCUAAUCAUUAAGCUAUGUCCUGAUCUGUUGAAAUUCAUUCUUUGUAUUAUUUUUAUUGUAUUUUUAGUAUUAAAUGAAUAAGAUUUUGGAAAUGUUGCUUGUGAUGUAUUGUCCAAUACAGGCACCAAUAAAUGUAAAACUAGAGGUUUGUAUCCUAACAUUUUGUUAACUUCAUCUAUUCCAUUUUUUUUUGUUACAAUUAAACAUUU